UCAUCUGAUGAAGGCCGGAGUAUUCGGCCGAAAAUUUAUGCCAUUUUCACCAACCAACCACUGCCAGCCAGAGACAGGAAGGAGGUAGCUGACGCCCCGUCUUCAACACACCUUUAGAGGUACUACAGCGUACAGGACAGGGCAGAAGGACUCAACAUGGUUCGCAUCAGCUUAAAGCUUGUCGUGAAGAUGAUCUUCACCCUGGGUAUCAUGGCAGGAAGCGUCUACAUCUUCUUAAGAAGAAGACCUAACUUAAGAAGACCUGACUUAAGAAGACCUAAGCCUCCGCAACAGGAACCAAGGGACGAAUGCGAAAGAGAUGACAGCAGCAUUUCGAACUCCACCUCUAACGCAGAAGGGAAUCCACACAACUACACACUCAUCCUCAACAACCCCGGAAAAUGUGGCGUCACUGAUGAUGACGUGUUUCUUCUCGUCAUGGUGACGUCAACCCCGGGAAACCGCAAGCAGAGGCUCGCCAUCCGCAACACGUGGGGCAACGAGACUAACGUGAAGGGGACUAUCAUCAGAACAGUGUUCGCGGUAGGGUUGACACAAGACGCUAAGAUGCAAGGAGAUCUGGAACAGGAAAACGGCGUCUACAAGGACAUCAUUCAGGAGGACUUCGUCGAAUCGUAUCGGAACUUGACCCUUAAAACCGUCAUGUGUCUAAAGUGGGCAUCGGAGUUCUGCCCCAACGCCAAGUUCAUUUUAAAAACUGACGACGACACUUUUGUGAACAUCUUUAACCUCGUGCACCAUCUUGAGGGGCUGAAUGCUACUCAGGCAAGGAGGUUCGUGACAGGGCACGUCUACACAUUAGCCAAACCGGUCAGACACGCGAAAAACAAGCAACGAGAAGUGCAGUGGUGCUUGACAAAGAGAGACUACCCCAGAGACUCGUUCCCACCCUACCCGGGUGGAAACGCUUACGUCAUUUCCAAUGACGUCACGCGACUGAUAUACGAAGUGUCCUUGACUGUGCGGUACUUGUUUAUCGAAGACGUGUACUUGGGUCUUUGUCUGGAGAAAUUAGGGAUUGACCCCGUGCACGAGGGAGGUUUUGUCUCUUGGAAGGACGUACAAUCCUGUAAAGAUAAGAAAAUAGCUUCUCAUUGGUUGAAAACUCCUGGUGCCAUGGUUAAGGCGUGGAAGGAUCUCAUCCACAGUUGCUAGCAUUUGUAUUUGUUUUAAUUUAAGUACAUUUAACUCAGUAGUAGUAGUGACCACCUCUGUAUACAUGGCCUUUGAUAUAGCCAAACAUUUGUAUUGACUGUAGUAGGGGUGGGUACCGGUACAGAAAAUUUAGGUCCAUGUCCGAAGGAUCAGGUCUAGGUUUGGAAGAAAUCUGUUUUGUGGAGUAUCCGACACCCACUGGUGUUUUAAAAUCCUACAAGGCUAACUGCCUCUACUAUUCUGUAAAACUUGGUAGAAAUAACAAUAGACUCUACUAGAGUAUACUUCGUUCGUUAUUUUCCUUAACUGGUAAGCCCCAAAACGUGUGAAUGCCUGAUCAUAUAAUCUGUUCAUUUUCCAAUAGGUCCAACAUCCGGUCCACCAAAUUUUUUCAGGUCCGGUUUUUCUGGACUGGUCCAAUAAGAAAAAAUGGUGUACCGGUACCCACCCCUACUAUAUAGGCUUUUCAAUGACCCCUCUGGUCCAGGUCAUUCGCCUUAUUCAUUUGGAGAAAACGAGCAGAAACAAUAUGUAUCCCUUCUGUGAAGGUAGACAUAAAGAUAGUGGUUGGUUUCAAACAAAGAAAACACACACAUGGUAGACAACAGGUUUUAUAUUUACUGCUGUAGCAAGGCAAGCAAACGUAACAAAGGAUCACCCUAUCACCCCUCUUCCAGGAAUGGACCCUUCCAAACCCGGAUUAUGGUUGCAGAAGUAUGGCUGGUUCCAUUGUACAGCAGGGGGGUGUCGGAGUAAAUAAAGUCCAUGUCACUUGUGUGUACGCUGUCACUACACUAUACCCGAGAUAGAAAUUGCGUCUUUUUUUAUUUGGUAAAUUGAUGAUACAGUUGAGUCUGUGUAUUCAACAUAUACAUGUACAGGUGCACCGUUUCCAACCUUCAGACGGUGCGGACAUGGGAUAUACCAAUUUGUAAGAUGGGGGGUGCAGGUUCACGUUUAAAACCUUCUUCUUCUCUGCAUCCCUGUAUCUAGGGUCUAACUAACUGAACGUACUGCCCCCCCCCCUUUCCCUCCAAAAAGAACAUCAUUCGCGGUAAAGUCUGAUACAAACUUAUUCGAUUGCUAAGGAACACAUGUAAUGUUCCCCUCUUUGUUUCCUGAUAUUCUGCCAUGCACAGAAACGGAGCUUCAAUUUUCUGUUCUUCACGCAACCCCCCCCCCC